AUGUGGUCUAUUCUUUGGUUAUCGCUGCUAAUACCAUGUCUUUUAUGUGCUAAACAAGAGGAAUCUUGUGAAGUAUGUGAGAAAGUUCUGGGAGAUAUAAUGAAUAAUAUGCCUGGGAAUGAUCGAAGCGAUGCGAAGAAGGUGGACAAAGCGGUGAGGCAACAUUGCAGUGGAACGAGGGGAAAAGAGAAUAAAUUGUGUUUUUAUAUUGGUGCUUUACCGGAAUCCGCAACCUCUAUAAUGAAUGAUGUGGUGAAACCGCUGUCAUGGUCUAUGCCUGUUCGAAAAGUUUGUGACAAACUGAAGUCGAUGGAUUCACAGAUUUGUGAAUUGAAAUAUGAAAAAAGUAUUGAUUGGGCUACUGUAGAUCUAAAGAAAUUGAAAGUAAAAGAGUUGAAAAGAAUUCUUGAAGAUUGGGGCGAGGACAACUGCUCUACUGUCUAUCGGGAAAUGGCAGGGGCCCUCCCAUAUCGUAUCAUAAAAGAAACACAACGUCUAAUGGCAGAUCCAGUUGCUGGAAUUUCGGCGGUACCUGAUGACAGUAAUGCUCGUUACUUCCAUGUGGUAAUCGCUGGACCUGAAGGUAGUCCAUUUGAGGGUGGAGUGUUUAAAUUAGAACUCUUUCUGCCUGAAGAAUACCCCAUGGCGGCCCCAAAAGUGCGGUUCAUGACGAGAAUAUAUCAUCCAAACAUCGACAAACUGGGACGAAUUUGUCUGGAUAUUCUGAAGGAUAAGUGGUCUCCAGCCCUUCAAAUUCGUACAGUGCUUUUAUCGAUACAAGCUUUGCUUUCUGCACCAAAUCCGGACGACCCUUUAGCAACAGAUGUUGCUGAGCAGUGGAAAAAUAAUGAAAGUGUUGCAAUUCGUACGGCACAAGAAUGGACUCGUAUUUAUGCCGACGGAAAUGACAUGACUCUUCAGUGGUUUGCUGUAGCGCUGGUUUUAUAUUUGGAAAUAGCAGUUGUACUGUUGUUACUUCUUCCAUGGAUACGUCCAACGCUGUGGAGUAAGAUCUUCAGAAGUCGCAUCGUAACAACUUUAGGAAAACAUGGGAAUGUUUAUUUCAUUUCCACUCUUUGUAUUCUUCUACUCCUUUUCGCAGAUGCUAUUCGGGAAGUGCGGAAGUAUUCAGGUGAAGCAGCUUUGGAAGCAUCAAUCCGUCAUACGGCUGAUUCAGAAAAUGUUAUACACUUGCGUCUUUUCCGUGCGCAAAGAAAUCUCUACGUAUCAGGAUUUGCUCUUUUACUUUUCCUUGUUAUCAAACGAAUAGCUGCUCUUCUUUCUCGUGGUGCACAACUUGAGGCUGCUGCCGAAGCUGCAAUGAAACAAGCUAAAAAUGCAGCAGAAACGGCCAAGUCAUAUAUGAUUGGUGAUGGCGAAGUAGAAAAAGAAUUAAAAAGACAAAUUGAAGAACUUGGCAAAGAGUUGAAAUCAGCGCAAGUAGACAGAGAUGCUAUAAAGGAACAAACUAAGGGUCUUCAAAAAGAAUAUAAUCGCGUUUGUGAUUUGCUGGAACAAGCCGAAAAAGCGAGUGGAGACAAAAAAGAUGACUAA